AUGUUGGGUAUAGAGCACAUGUACCUAUAUCUGCGGUUCCAUUGCAGCGUCCUUCUCCGUGCCUUUCUCUACACUUUUUGGGUGUACUUUUGUGAGUUCAGUUCUGGAUGGAUACUGAGAUGUUUGAGAGCCUGCCCUUGGGACUAUAGUCACUAUAGAUACAACUUUAAGGGCCUGGUGACAUUGGAGUAUGCUCCUUUCUGGCUAUUAGGAGUUGUCAUCUUAGAGAAAUAUCUGAUUUGGUACACACUUCACUUGCGCCUGGAUGGAAGCUGA